UCCCUUAAAACCUUACCGAUCGGAUCUUUCUCUAUGGAGGCAGCUUCUCAACUUGAAAUAUUGACUGGGCGGUGGUGAGACUAAUCUGAGAAUCGCAGUUAUCCGGCAGAGUAAGUUCUCUGUUGGGUGAAAAUGGCGGCUUCAUCUGCCACGUUAUACUUUGGAUUUCUAAUUGCUUCCAUCACUUUGUGGAUGAUCUUCAGCCUUUGUUCCAGGUUGUUUGCAUGGAUGCUCAGUCGAGUGCUUGGAAUGUCUGUUAGGUUCCGUGUUAGGAGUAGGAAAUGCCUGCGGGAUAUCGUGGUGAUGUUUGAAACGGGUGCCUUUGAGUCAGCGUCCGCUGAUGAAAUUAAAUUUGCUGUUGGUUUUAUAUCUGGAGAGCUAUGUAUUAAAGUCUUGAUAUGCGGUCUUGAUGUUGUGAUGAGAUCCUUUGGUGCUUUAUCCUGUGACGAACUCUCUCUCUGUUUCCAGUUUGGAUAUGACAGGGCAGUAGGUAUUGUGGUUAUACGAACCAUGGAAAUUGUAUCUGGAGAUGUAACUAUGAAACUGGACAAUGAAUUAUUUUCCCAAAGCAAACGAUCAACAGCUACUGCCCCGUCUACCAAAAAGCCUCAUCAGCUACUUAUAAAAUGUUCUAUGUAUUUUCCUGAAAAGGUUUCCUUCAGCUUACCCAAACUAGAUGUCAGAUGUGUUAAUCAAGAACAUGAUCUUUUUGCUGAGAAUAACGUCACAGGAAUUAUAUUGAGGAGCAUCAAAUCAAAGUCUGUUGAAGAUGCAGGGGAGAUUACACGUCUUAGCGUUCAGAUGGAACUCAAUGAGAUUCAUCUUUUUAGAGAAGCUGAAUCCUCUAUAUUAGAGGUUAUUAAAGUUGAUGUGGUGUCUUCUUUCGAGAUCCCAAUUCAGCCGGUUCUGCCUAUUAAUGCUAACAUUAAAAUAGAGCUAGGAGGUACCCAAUGCAAUCUAGUCAUUUCUAGGCUAGAGCCAUGGUUGAGCCUUCUUUCCCCAGAGAAGAGAACCCUCGUGCUUCAAGAGCAAAUUUGCACUCGAGAGAAAUUGAAAGCUGACGAUGUGAAAACUAUUAUGUGGACAUGCACAUUUUCGGCCCCUGAGAUGACUGUUAUGUUAUGUGGUAUCGAUGAUAUGCCUUUGUAUCAUUUUUGCUCGCAGUCAUCACAUGUGUUUGGGAAUAACAUUUCAAGUAUAGACACAGCCAUUGAUGUUGAACUUGGUGAACUGAAUUUUCAUUUGGCAGAUGAGUACCAACAAUGUUAUAACGAACACCUUCCCGGAACAGAGCCAAACUCUGGUUUGUUGAUGCAUAUAGAAAAGAUUAGCUUGAAUUGGGCAAGAGGAGGUUGCAGAAAUGACUUAGUGCUCUCAGUAAGCGUGACUACAAUGAGAAUCUAUUUAUCAUACAAGCGUGUCGAAUCUCUUAUAACAAAUGCUGUCUCCUUCGAAGCUCUCUUUAAGAAGUUAUCUGUUUCAGGCGAAAGGACGAAUGAGACUGGAGGAGUGGAACCAUCCCAUGCACCUGAGAAAGAAACUAGGCUUGUGAACCUUACUCUUACACGUUUCAUUGUAAAUUUAUGUGAUGCUACAGGACUGGAUAAUACAGUUACAGAUUCGGUCUCUCUUGAAUUAACGUGGUUUAGCUUUUCUCUCAACAAGGAUAAACACUCAACUGAAAUGGAACUUUCAAGAGCGAAAGCCAUCUACCAGCUCUAUAGACCUUGUUCGAAGGUUACAUUGUUUGAUAUGCACAACGCCAAGCUUACACGUCGAUCUGUUAGGCUUGACGUUCAUUUUCUAUUAAGUGCUACUGACAUAUCGCUGGGUUGGGAACCUGACGUUCAUCUAUCUCUAUAUAGACUGUUUCUGCGUUUGAGACCAAUCGUAUAUGCACAAACUCUUGAAGAUUAUGAAUGCAUGUCCGGUUCUUCGGUUGACGAGGAGACGAGAAGGGAAAUUUUCUUUGCUAUUGAUGUGGAAAGUUUGACGAUAUCAGCUAAGGUAGGAGAUGGUGUAGAGGUUAAAUUUGAUGCACGAUCAAUUUUUACUGAGAAUGCUUUCAUAGGAAUGCUUGUUGAAGAGCUUAUGCUUGCUUUGAACGGAUCUCGAGUGCUGAAAACUACAAGAAUGCAAAUAUCAAGAGUCCCUACCGUCUCUUUGAAUUUGUCUGAUGAUAUAGUCCCUGUAAGGACAAGUGGUCCUUGGGACUGGGUAGUACAAGGCCUCGAUGUCAAUAUUUGCAUGCCAUACAGACUUCAGUUGCGCGCCAUAGCUGAUUCGAUUGAGGAGAAGUUGCGAGACUUGGAGCUCAUAACUGCGGCUGAAGAAGAAAGCUUGGAGCCUAAGAAUUCGAUUCCAGGUUUUGGCCGGUUAAGGUUUUACAUACGAAGGCUAAACGCAUAUAUUGAGGAAGAACCUAUUCAGGGUUGGCUUGAUGAACACUAUCAGCUGCUGAAGAAAGAAACAUGUGAGUUGGCUGUAAGAUUGAAGUUUCUCGAGGAUUUUAUACAAAGAACUGGUCAUAGAGGAGGAGUUGAAACAAGUAAUGGGGAGGAAAUUGAUGUCCAUGAUCCUUUAGCUAUUAACAAACUGAAGGAAGAGAUUCAGAAACGGUCGUUUCGAUCCUAUUAUCAAGCAUGCCAGGGUUUAGUUCCAGAGGAGAGUUCAGGUGCUUGUAGAGAGGGAUUCCAGGCAGGUUUUAGGUCAAGUUCUGCUAGAAACUCUCUUCUUUCGGUUUGCGCCACAGACUUUGAUUUAAGCUUGACGGCAGUUCGCUACGGGGAUGAUGAUGAUGAAGCUGGUUUGAUGGAAGUCUUGAGAAAUAUGGAUCCUAGUUGUGAAGAAAUAAGUGGAAGCAAGGUUAAUAUGAAAACUGGAAGCUUGAUGGUUAAGUUAAGAAAUUACACACUUCCUCUUCUCUCUGCCAGUUCUUGCAAAUGUGAAGGUCAUAUACCACAAAUUUCCCAAGAUGUCUUUGAAGGAAGUGGCUCUUCUCCACCGGUGAAGACAUACUCGGAUUUGAGCCUAUACUUUGAACAAGGGGAAGUUUCUUUUGGAGUUGGAUAUGAACCAGCUUUUGCAGACAUUAGCUAUGCAAUCACAGUGGCUCUGAGUCAAAGGAAUCCAUGUGCCCCACAGGUGUCUAAAGAGGAACGAAGCUUACCUUGGUGGGAUAAUAUGAGAAACCACGUUCAUGGCAAUAUAUCUUUAUCUUUUUCUGUAUCGUCCAAGUGGAAUGUUCUUGCUACAACAGAUCCAUAUCAGAGUGAAGAUAAACUCCAAAUAGCGACUGGUCCUAUUGAAUUUCAUCAGUCAGAUGGUCGUGUGGUUGUUAAUGCUAGAGACUUUAAGAUAAAGUUGAACAGUCUUGAGAGUUUGAUAAGUCGACAAUCUCUAAAUGUUCCAGGCGGCAACUCUAGAGUUGCAUUUUUCGAAGCCCCGGUGUUUAAUCUAGAUGUUACAACGGACUGGGAAUGCGAGCCUCGGAGUUCUUUGAAUGUUCUUGAUCCGCUCAGAUCAGCAUCACUCUCGCUUGGAUGUCAUUUAUCCCUUAGACCCAAUGACAAGAAUGAGAUCUUGUCUCCUACAUCACCAACAAUGAAUCUUGGAGCACAAGAUUUGGUAUGGAUACUCAAAUUCUGCAGUAUGUAUAGUGAUCCUCCGAACAAGUUACAUUCUUUCUCCGGAAGGCCUAGGUUUGGAGUCCCAAGAGUUGUCGUAGUAUCUGAAGGCUUAUCUCUAGAUCAGGUGAUGACGGAGUUUAUGGUCCGAGUUGAUGCCACUCCUUUUCUAAUUAAGUACACGCCUAGUGACCUUGACGACCCUGCCAAAGGAUUGAUUUUUGAUAUUAAGAAGCUAAAAUACGAAUUAUGCUAUAGUCGCGGGAAGCAAUAUUAUACAUUAGAGUGCAAGCGGGAUGCACUUGACCUUGUAUAUCAAGGUCUUGAUGUUCAUGUGCCUAAGGCUUUUAUUAAAAAAGAUGAGCACAAGGGGGAUGAGAAGAAUCGUGAUGCAGGGUUUCUAUUGUCUUGUGAUUACAUUACAAUUAGAAGACAGGCUCCAAAAGCUGAUAUUAAAAGACUAUUGGCAUGGCAGGAGGCUGGAAGAAGUAAUCUGGAGAGUGAUGAACAUAUACAAUCAGAUACUAGUGAUGGUGAUGGAUUCAAUGUAGUCCUUUCUGACAGUUGUCUUCGGGUCUUUGUUUAUGGUCUCAAACUCUUAUGGACGAUAGAGAACAGGGAUGCUGUUUUCUCUUUUGUUAGUGGAAUAUCGAAGGUCUUCGAACCUGCUCAACCUUCUCCUUCUCGUCAGCAUACACAGAGGAAGAUUCUUGCACGAAACCAAGAAAAUCAAAAGGAAAUUUCAACAUCUUCUGCAAGCUCUAGAGAAAGCCAAACAGUUACUAAAGUUGAGACUAGUGGAUCUGAUGAAGAAGGCACUAGUCACUUCAUGGUGAAUGUCAUUGAGCCACAGUUUAAUCUUCACUCAGAGGAGGCCAAUGGUCGCUUUCUGCUGGCUGCCGGUAGUGGUCGUGUUAUAGCACGAUCAUUUCAAUCUAUUAUGCGUGUUGGUGCAGAAGUAAUCCAGCAGGCUCUAGGCACAACAAUUUUACAGAGUCCAAAAAGUAUUCCUGAAAUGACAUGGACACGAUUGGAAUUUUCUGUGAUGUUAGAGCAUGUGCAGGCCCAUGUUGCUCUAACUGAUGUUGAUCCAAGUGCUGGGGUGCAGUGGCUCCCAAAUAUUCGCAGACGGUCACCAAAACUGAAGCGUACUGGGGCUCUACUUGAAAGGGUUUUCAUGCCUUGUUACAUGUACUUGCGGUAUACCAGACACGAUGGUCUAUCCCCGGAUCUGAAGGUGAAACCACUAGAAGAGAUCACUUUUAAUUCGCGGAACAUAGCAGCUACAAUGACAUCUCGACAGUUCCAAGUUAUGAUGGACGUUUUGACCAUCCUUCUCUUUCCUGCAACGCCUCACAAAAGUAGUCUCCAUUUUCCAACUGAAGAUGAUGAUAUUGAUGACGAGAUCGAUGAAGUAGUUCCAUACGGAAUUGAAGAAGUAGAACUUGCAAAAAUCAACCUUGAAGAGAAAGAGUGGAAGCAAAGGUUGCUUCUUGAUGAUAUUCGAAUAUUGUCUCAUCAUUCCGAUAAUAUGGAAGAUACGCAUGUAGAGAAAAAAAGUGACUUGUGGAUGAUUAGUACCAGAAAAUCCAUACUGGUGCAAAGACUAAAGAAAGAACUCUUAUAUGUAAAAAAGUCUAGAAAGACGGCUUCUGCAUCUUUAAGAAUUGUGGUGCAGAAGGCUGCAAAUCUGCGACUGAUGGAGAAGAACAGAAGUGCACCAUAUGCUAUGCGCAUUUCCUUGGAAAUUAAUGAGGUUGUUUGGUGCAUGCUUGUAGAUGGUAGAGCCUUUGCUGAAGCAAAGAUAAAUAACAUGACUUAUGACUUUGAUAGAGAUUACAAAAACAUUGGUGUUGCUCGAUUCACCACCAAGAGCUUUGUUGUUAGGAACUGUCUGUGUAAUGCAAAGUCGGAUGAGGUUUUAUCAGCAUGGAAUCCUCCAGCCGAGUGGGGAAAGAAAUUCAUGCUACGUGUGGAUGCAAAGCAGGGAACACCAAAAGAUGGAAAUCCUCUUGACCUUUUUCAUAUGGAGAUUUACCCUCUCAGAAUCCAUUUGUCAGAGACAAUGUACAAAAUGAUGUGGGAGUACUUCUUCCCAGAGGAAGAGCAGGAUUCACAAAGGCGACAGGAAGUUUGGAAAGUAUCGACAACAGCUGGUUCAAAACGUGUAAAGAGACGGUUAGAAAGUCAUGAAUCUUCUAGUUCUUCUGCUGUAGUACAGUCACAAAGCAAUGUUGACUGUGUUCAAAAAUCCAAUAUGUUAGACGUUAGGUCUACCGCUGGUGGUUCAGCUGAUCAGGAACUGAGACGAACAUCUUCUUUUGACAGGAGUUGGGAAGAAAGUGUGUUAUCUUCCAAUGACCAAAAAGGGGAGUCCUCUAGACAGAUGAAUCUCAAAAACGCAAAAACUGACAAGUCUCCCAGCUCUUCUCGUAGUGAAAAGAAGGCCAGAAAAAAACAAGUGGAGGUGAUAAAGAUUUACAACAUUAAAAUAAGUCAGGUGGAACUUCUAGUUACCUAUGAGGGCUCAAGAUUUGUCGUAGAGGACCUCAGAUUGUUGAUGGAUAAAUUUUCUCUUGAUGAGUUUGCUGGGACCUGGAGGGGACUUUUUGCUCGUGUUAAAAAACACAUAACAUGUGGAGUACUGAAGUCUGUUAUUGGAAUGCAGGGGAAGAAAUUCACAUACAAAUCACAAGAGAAUGCCGAGUCUUCUGACGAUGAACUUAAACUAAGUGACAAUGAUGAAAGUGGUGUUUUAACAAGAAAAAUAUAUGAUGAAAGUGGUGGAGCUGGGGAUAAUUUUGUAACUUCUGUUCGAGGACUCUUCAAUACCCAAAGACGAAAGCCUAAAGCAUUUGUCUUAAGAACUAUGCGAGGUGAAGCAGAUAAUGACUUCAACGGGGAGUGGAGUGACAGUGAUGUUGAAUUUUCUCCUUUUGCCAGGCAGUUAACUAUAACAAAGGCUAAGAGGCUCAUCAGACGACAUACUAAGAAAUUUCGUCCAAUUUCUGAAAGAGGUUCGAUGUCCCAACAAAGAGAGUCACUUCCAUUAUCUGUAAGAGAGACCGAUACGUCUGAAAGUUCUUAUUCAAGCGAAUCUUCACCGUAUGAAGAUUUUUCAAGAUAAAAAUAAAAUAGAUGUUGUUAAGACUAAAAGUCUGCAAGUAAAUGUAUUCAAUAGAGAUACACGGUUGCACAAGUCAUAUUGAGAUAACGUGGCAGAAUGUGGUUUUUUUACCUAAUCAAUUAUUUAUAUUUUGGAACAAUUAGUUGAAUAUCCUUAAUGGAAGCCUUAAUUAGCCAAAUGCCAAUGAUGUGAAGUAAUUGAUUUGGAUGAUGUUUUUUUGGUGUUGGGUUGACGAAAAUACCCCUCUGUGUAU